UUUCUGUUACCACUACUUUUUGAAAACCCUUUAUUUUCGAGAUUAAGAAGUAAUGGAAAGAUGUGGAAUUCAAAAGUAUAAAGAAAGAGAUUAUUGAAAGCGUGGAGUAACUUUUCUAGUGUUCCUCAAUCUUCAAAUAAGAUGUUGUUUUCAGCAAAUUUCGCUUUAGUUUUUUUGUUUCAAAUUUAUGUCUUCAAUGUUUCUUUUGCAAAAGAACCAAUGUGUUCUAAAUUUGCUUACGAAGAGCAGCUUUUGGAGAAGAUGAUCCGUACGGAAAUUAGAGUAGAAACAAUAGACAUUGAGAUAAAGAAAACUCAGGAAACUGUCUUGAACACUUUAAACGACAUAAAGAAGACAGUUGCCGAUAUGACAGAUAGAUUUGAAGAUUUGAGAAACAAUAUUACGGAAGUAAUGGAACAAAAGAUCCGGGACAUCGAGGAAAUAGAAGAGAAGAUGACACGGCCAUCUGUUGCUUUCUUUGCUCACCACGUAUCAGAUGUCUCUCUUCAUGUGACUGACAAGAUCAUCAUAUUUGAUAGCAUCACCACGAACGAGGGAUCAGGCUAUGACACUUCUACGGGUGUCUUUACGGCACCUGUCGGGGGAAUGUUUCAAUUCACUGUCAAUUUUUGUACAUAUAAGCAGAAGGAUUCGCCCAUAGCAUUGGUUUUGGCAGGGAAACAGAUAGCUAGAUCAUCAAAUUAUGACAAGGACUCCCACACCUGCGGCUCGUUUUCAGCAACUGCAAGAGUGAAAUCGGGAGAAAAAGUUUGGGUAAAAUGUGUCUAUGGAAGUUCUAGUUAUAGUUUAUGGCAAGACAGUUGGAAGAUGAACUCUUUCAGUGGAUUUCUCCUCUACCAAUAGGCAAUGGAAAGUUGUAUGACACAUUUUGUUGAGGGAGACGUGAAGAGAUAGAUAUAAAAACUUUAUCAUUAUCAUUUGUGUAUAUUUGAGUUUUAACUAAACUUUCAGAUAUAAGGAUUGGUUUGAUUUUGAAAAUGAAUGUGACUGAAUGGGCAAGGAAAGUCUAUUCAGAGACUUUUUAGUUACAUUGUACAAACAAAAACAGGAAAAACAAUUAUUUGAUACUUUUCUUACUAAAUACGUGCAUAUGUAUAUGGUGUGUACCUCUAUUAAUGGUCUAUAUUUUUUAUUAUUGAAUUAUUUCUAAAAUGCAGAUGAAACCCGGCAUCUCGAAUUCCAAGGGAUUGAGAUAACCGAAACUCGACUUAAAGAUCUUUUGUGCAAGUGUUUCCGGGAUGUCUUCAGGAUAGCCGGACUUUUCACAUAACCGAGUUUCUACUGUAUAUAACAAACAUAAAGACGUUAUUUCGAGACGAAAUAUUUCAAACUGUAAAGGUAAAGCAAAGAAUGAGUCAUUUUAUACGUUUAUUUCAUGUGUUAUUGUUGCGAGGCGUAACAUAAAGUGCCAAAAGACUAAUUGAGGAAUUACAAAAUGUAGAUUUAUAGACCUUGAGCUGACAAUUGACCCUGCUCCCCCCGGGGGGGGGAUUUUCAACACUAUGAUUUUCUUAAACCUUAUGGUAGUUGGCAUUCACAGACAAAAGUUUGCAAGUUUCCGUUGGGGCUUUAACGAGUUACAGAGAUUUAAAAUACGUUACCAUGCAAAUUUUCAUUUAAUUCACCAUUUAUGCUAAUAUAUUAAAAACAUGCCAAUUGUUCAAUUAAUCAUAAUAAACAAGACAUUUACAUAUGUUUAUGUAUUUAAAAUUGAAAUUAUCAUAUGUUCAUAUCAUUUUAGGUGAAGAAAUGUUAUGUAUUAUCCGUAACUUACGUUACUCUAUUUGAAAUUACUAGAACAUCAAAAAUUAUAUCAACAUAUAUGAUGUUUUUAUGUUAUAAAAUAAUGAUAUUGGACAAUACACAGUUAAAUAAUUAACAUAAUUAUAAUACAACUACCCCCAGAGUUAACUGAUUCAAUAUGUCACGAAUAAUACGUUACCUUUCCAAAAUAUGUCUAUUUUUGUUAAAAAAAUAUUUUUCAAAUUUUGGUAUUACACAUAUGGUUAGGAGUUUUAUACAUUGGACUAUAAAUUAACAUCAACAGACAUGAACAACAUUAUCAAAUAAAUGUAUAUAGAUUUUAUAAUUCAUUAGACAAUAUUAUAUAAAUAUUUUAAGAAUAUAUAGCUCUUUGCAUGUACCAGUAUGAGUGCAUUACAUAAUUAUCAGAAGUACAAAGGAAUAACAUGAACACGGCAAUGCAUAGCAAUAUAAACCCUAAGGUAUGACCUCUGAACACUAAGUAUGACCUUGACCUUGAAGUGAAAAUGAUAUUUACUAUACCAGGGUCAACACUCCUAUUAGGGGCGGAAGAGGUUUCUAACGCUAACAGGCAGAUGACCUUAGAUUUCGGUUGUUGACGAUAAAUACAACUGCAUUCAAGGGAGUCUGGUCGAGAGAGAUACUCCUCAUCAACGAUUGGUCCUCCUGGCCAUGUGAUGUCGAUCCUCCUCGCUGAUUGGCUGGUCCUCCUGUGACCUCUGACAGUGACCUUGGUAACCUUUAUCUGCAUUCCCACUACACUCCCCCGCCCCGCCCCACGCCCCCCUCCCCCGUUCUAUAAAGUGGGUCACAAGGGCGACAAGUGUGUGUGAAUGAGGCCUGAAAGGCCACAAAUGGAUUCCUUGCAGAAUCAGGCAUAACAGGGUUACCCUGCUGGAUAAUUAACAUGGAGGUUUAACCCAAUAACGAUAAUACAUCUUAUGUAAAGCAGACCACCAGGACUUCCUUCUUUAAACAGACGAGAUUCCCCAAUGGAAGGUUAAUUACUAUAUAUAAGCAGUUAUUCCACACAUAUCUUAUAUUAACAAGAAUUAAGGUCAUGGGAUACCCUGACCUAAGUUCAUAAACUUCUGGGAUGCCUAGAAAAACAUACCAAAUUAUUAAGGCCCUGGGAUACCCAUAGCAAAGACCAUAUUACUGACACUAAUGCAUACCAGGGGAUACACAUACUGCAGUAGUUCAUAAACUCCUGGGUUGCACGUAGAAACAUACCAAAUUAUUGCAGUGCUGCGAUACCCGGGGAUGGGACUAUCAUACUCAUACUAAUGUAUACUAUGGGAAACCCAUUUUGUCCUAAAUUUCUAAAACACAGCAAAGAUACGUAGCAAAACAUACAAUUCUGAGAAACCUGGGUUUUCUGGUAAGCUUGGCGGACAGAUGGACAUAGUUUCUGCAUCUUUCACCAGGAUAAACCUGGGAUGCCCAGGAAGCUGCGAAGACCCCAAACAGAUGGACGCAGUCUCUGCGUCUAAUGCCGCACUGGGCUUUGCCUAUGCUGACCCGUAUCUGAAAGAGGAUCCAAAGUAAGUGAUCCAUUACCCCGGGUCUCUUUCCCCAGGCCUCUAGCCCAAUCUCUAUUGCUUAAACCAGACUGGUCCCGCGACAGGUCCCGAAAUACCAAUUCCCAUCUGGAAGGGACUCCUGCUUCAACCCAAGUACAAAGGAUGUUGUGAUUAAAUAAAGGCUGCACAGCCAUAUCUACCAUCAGUUUUAGAGACUGCACUCUCACACUGGAGAUAAAUCGAUCUUGCCGCCACUUAACCAAAUCCACACGUCCACUUACUGAGUAAGAGUUAGCAAGUCACAACCAGACCCACAAGUGAGACUCUGGCACAACGUGUCCCUACUGGACUAUCCAUCAGAACAGGAGACCUGAACACAUCCCAAAGACCCUGCACAAAACCCCUCCAAGUCGGUAUUUCCAUAAUUGUGUAAAGCCAUAGUGUCAGGAGUAAGGCCCAUACAGUAAUUGUUGUCAUAACCCGACCCCGAUUGUGCACAGAAAGGGUAGUGUUAUUUACCAAUCUCUGAAUGAAGUGAUUAGUAAAACUGAGAUGAAGGACAUAGAUCCCCAAACAAGGACACUACAGUUUGCGACGCAGGACAAGAAUCGCUCAACAUAUAUUUGUUCCAUAGUUGCUGCCAUGGAGAUCGACUUGACGUACAUGAACUUAGGUUUAAUGCGGGAAGAUUGAACCUUGGUAGAGAAGAUGGUAUCGAAUACAAUGGCACGGUUUCUAGUGGCGGCAACCGUCAGGCCUGUAUGCCCUCAUGACCUAGACAAAACAAGGAUAAAUUAACUGUUGGUUCCCAACAUGAUUAAAAGGCAACUCCCCAGUGUGAUUGAAGGGCAAUACUCUAGCGAGCUCUUGAUGUUGAAUGGGGUUGCUAGUAUGAGGUCCACAAACCUUUGGAAGGAAGUGGCCUCCGAACUUCACACAAGUGGCUUGACUUUUAGUAACAAUAUUCCCCAAUAUUUUUUGUUUGCCUCCGACCUUAGGUUCCCUAGAAACCAGUUGAGGUUCAAAUGACUGGAUAUCAAAUUGGGCCUCGGUCUGGCAUAAACUUGUCAAGGAGUUAUGGCCUUCGCACAUAAAGUUUGAAGUCCCAUAUUUGCCAUCAAAAGAAUUACUUUUGUAAGAACUGGCCUUCAGACUGGGCAAAUCUAAUGUACCAGUUUGCAUCUUACUUUUACCUACUUGAGUUACACCAAUUUCACUUAC